UUAUUUCCUCUCGUGUUUUUACUUCCUGUUUUCAAAGGGAGUCACACAACUGAGUUUGUUUCAUGUUAACUUCAGUCGAGUUCUCGUUUUGUUAGUGUCGGUGUUGUGUACUAUUUUAAAAGAAAAAUACCUCUCGAAUUGCUUUGCUUUCGUUUUUUACUCUCUAGGAAUACAGCAAUGCUCCAGUCGUUUUUAUCGGGCCCCUCAUGGAUUUCACGUAGUAUCUUAUUUAUUACUUUAAUUUAAAGGGGAUUUUUUUUUGCUCUCGCUUUUUUCAAAAAUUUUAAAGCAUUUUUUCGUCUCAGUCUUUCAUUGCCAGCGUGCCUGUAGAACUACCCUAGUAUAUUUGUACAUUCUGUCUCUCAUUGUUUAAGUUGUAUUUUAUUUAUGUAUUACUGUUAGUGUAAUAAUUAUUAUUUUGUUCCACGGUUGUUUGGGGUAUUCUUUCUUUUUAAACCAUGUCUAACUUUCAGCGCCCAACGCUUUGCUGUUGUCGGAAAGUUUUAACGAUCCCCAACAACAAAAGCGAGAAGAGCAGCAACAGUAUGCCGGCGAUGGGGCAGUCUCCCCCAGUCGACAUCGCCUCGGCUUCCAACUUCCACAGCUUCACCCUCCGGCAUUUCCAUCUCAGUCUGCAGCUCAAUUUCAGGGAUAAAGAAAUGACGGGCAGUCAGGUACUGGAGCUGUGCUCGACCAAGCCCGACACACAGACAUUGGUUCUGGACACGCACCAGUCCCUGCUAAUCCAUUCCAUAGACUGCAAGGUCCACAGCGCCAGCACCGCUGCGGAUGUCGGAGACCAAGUCUGCACGUCCCUAACCUACCGGGUCGACCCCUUCACCGACUACGGCUCCUCGCUCACCAUCUCCCUGCCCGCCGCUAUCCGACCGCAGCAGACUUUCCAGAUUACCAUUCGGUACAAGACCUCCGACGGACCGGCUAUCUGGUGGUUGGACUCGGAGCUGACGUGUGGAAACUCCAACCCGUUUGUCUUCACGCAGGGACACUCUGUCUGCAACCGCUCCUUCUUUCCCUGCUUUGACACGCCCGCUGUGAAGUGCACCUACUCUGCCACUGUGCGGGUACCGGAGGGGGUGCAGGUUCUGAUGAGUGCCACCCGCAGUGCAUACAGCGCCCACGAGAAGGCAUUCCAGUUCCACAUGGAGUACCCCGUCCCUGCGUACCUCGUGGCGCUGGUGGCUGGGGACCUCAGGCCUGCUGACAUAGGGCCGCGGAGUCGGAUCUGGGCAGAGCCGUGCCUCCUGAACUCGGCGGUCAGUAAGCUGAGCGGUCUGGUGGAGCGCUGGCUCACUGUCGCGGAGAGCCUGUUUGGACCCUACAUGUGGGGAAGGUAUGACAUUGUGUUCCUGCCGCCCUCCUUCCCCAUCGUUGCCAUGGAGAACCCGUGCCUGACCUUCAUCAUCUCGUCCAUCCUGGAGAGCAGCGAGUUCCUGGUGAUUGACGUCAUCCACGAGAUCGCACACGGCUGGUUUGGCAACGCCGUCACCAAUGCAACGUGGGAGGAGAUGUGGCUGAGCGAGGGCCUGGCCACAUAUGCACAGAGACGCGUCACCACCGAGGCCUAUGGCGCUGCCUUCACCUGUCUGGAGACGGUGUUUCGUCUGGAUGCGCUGCACAGACAGAUGAGGCUGCUGGGAGAUAACAACCCUGUCAGCAAGCUGCAAGUGAAGUUCGAGCCAGGUGUGAACCCCAGCAGUCUGAUGAACCUGUUCACCUAUGAGAAGGGCUACUGCUUCGUGUCCUACCUCUCCCAGCUGUGCGGAGACACCAAGCGCUUUGACUCCUUCCUCAGGGCCUACAUUGAGAAGUUCAAGUUCACCAGCGUGGUGGCUCAGGAUCUGCUCGAGUUCUUCCUGGGCUUCUUCCCAGAGCUCAAGGAGCGCUGCGUGGCCAACCGAGAGGGUCUGGAAUUUGAGCGCUGGCUAAAUGCCUGUGGCCCCCCCCUGGCUGAGCCGGACCUCUCUCAGGGCUGCAGCCUGACGGAGCCGGUGGAGUCUCUAUUCCGGCUGUGGACCUCGGAGCCGCUGGACUCGGCUGCCAUCGCGCGACAAGACCUCUCAACCUGGAGGACCUUCCAGACCGUACUCUUCUUGGACAAGCUGCUGGACCGCUCGCCUCUCUCACACGAGGUGAUGACACGGUUGUCCCGCAGUUACUCCACGCUGCUCGACUCGAUGAAUGCAGAGGUUCGGAUCCGCUGGCUGCAAAUCGUGGUACGGAACAGCUACUACCCUGACCUGUACAAAGUAAGGCGUUUCCUGGAGAGCCACGUGAGUACCUGGGGACCAUGGUACCACGGGGUGGGGGCUCUUGUUAAUCCAUUGUACCUUGGUUACACCUGCAGGUGGUUCUGGGUUUUCGUUUGCACACCAAAGGACCUUGUCUCUUGUUGUUUGUGUAAUUGAUUGAUGAAUGCAAACUUGGAUGCAGCACAUAGCUGCAUCCAAAACUCAAAACUCAACAGAACAAACUGCACAGGUUUGCACUUUUAAAUAAACAGUGCUUUUACAGUUGCAGUGCAAA